AUGCUGUUGAAGAUGAAAUUCACCCAGCAGAGGCGGGUGCGUCUCGCCCAGGGCCUGUGGCUGCUGUCCUGGAUGGCAGUUUUGUGGGGGGCCUUCAUCUUUUGUCUCGGGGUUUACCUUAAGAUAGAGAUGCUCCGUAGAGCCGAGGUGAUGGACAACACAGAGAUCCACGUGGUGCCCAACAUCCUGAUGAUGGUGGGCCUGGCCUCCAUCGGCACCAACUGGGUGGCCAGUCGUGUCUGUCAGGACUCCUUGGACGCAACUCGUUUCCCCCGUUGGAAGGUUCUCCUGUUGGCCUGGUUUGCUGUAGCUGCACUGCUCAGUUGUCUGCUCCUCGCUGUUGUGGUGCUCAGCUACGCCCUGCAGGGAAGCCUGGAGGAAUCUCUGAAGGUGGGCCUGAGGAAUGGCAUUCGUUUCUACAAGGACACAGAUGUGCCAGGCCGCUGUUUUCAGAAAGAGACCAUCGAUCGUCUGCAGAUGGAGUUCCGUUGUUGUGGAAACAGCAACUUCAAGGACUGGUUUGAGGUUCAGUGGGUCAGCAACAGAUACCUGGACUUCACCUCCAAGGAUGUCAAGGAUCGUAUCCGGAGUAAUGUGGAUGGCCGUUACCUGUUGGAUGGUGUACCUUUCAGCUGCUGUAACCCAGCCUCCCCUCGCCCCUGCCUGCAGUACCAACUGACAGAUAACAGUGCCCACUACAACUACGAGUACCAAGCAGAGGAGCUCAACCUGUACAGCCGCGGCUGUAGGCAGGCUCUGAUCGACUACUACAUGGGCUUGAUGAAUUCAACUGGUCCUGGUGUGUUGUCAGUUAUCUUCGUACAGAUCUCGGUGCUUGUGAGCCUGCGGUACCUGCAGACGGCUGUGGAAGGAGCCAUGGCUCUGGAGGACCCAGAGGGCGACAGUGAGGGUUAUCUUCUGGAGAAGGGAGUGAAAGAAACCUUUGAGGAUGUCAAAGCCAAUGUCCUCAACAUGCUAAAGUUAGGGCAGGUUGAUCCCACCGAAGGGUCCCCUGAGGAUGCCGAGAAGGCUGCCUCCCCAUCUCCUGCCAGCUAG